AUGUACGGCCAACCAUGGUGUCGUGACGGCAUCAGAGUCGAAGACCUCGCUCUGCAAUAUGCUCCCAAAAGUGGUGUCGACGCCUGGGGUCGCGAAAAGCAACAACCACUUCUCCUCUCCGUCUCACUCUCUUUCCGCUCAGGCUUCGACACGGCUGCCAGUCAAGAUGCUCUCGAUGAAAGUACCAUGCACUACGGCAUUCUUUCCAAGAAUCUGCGUGCCUUGAGACCCGUACAAGAUUGGGAAACCUUGGACAGCUUGGCUCAUCGUAUACACCAAACCAUCCUCGAGACACCACCUGGCGAUGCUCUGAUUCAAUCAUGCCAGAUUGAGAUCAAAUUGCCCAAAGCGAGUCUGCUGGGUGAUUACGUUAACUAUGUGUAUUUUGUCGAGGAUGAAGAGCAUACUGGUAGAGUCCUGCAUCUGUCUCGUGUCUUCAUUCCUACCUUGAUUGGUGUCAAUGACAAUGAGAGAACUGCAAAGCAGAAGCUCUAUGUCAGUGUGUGGAUAGACAGGAUACAGGCUGAUGACUCCGAGUCAUAUACUGAACUGGAACGCAUCCUCACUCAGGCAAUUGAGCCCACAGAGUUCGAGACCCUAGAGUCGUUGGCCAUCUACGUCCUCAAAGUCUUGAAGAUGAACUACGAACCUCUAAAAUCUCGAGAGACCAGUGUUCGUUUGAGACUGGAGAAGCCUCAAGCUGUUCCUCAUGCCUCAGCCCCUAUCAUCGAAAUCGUAAGGACGUCUGAUGAGUUGGCAGCUAUGAUUCAAUGA